GGGCGGAGGCAAGGGGACGCCCCCAGCCAGGAUGCUGCGGUUCCUGCGCCGGACCUUUGGCCGCCGCUCAAUGCAGCGCUACGCGCGGGGCGCGGCAGGGCGCGGGGCCGCCGGGCUGGGGGACGAGCGCGACGGGGGCCCGCGGGGGGGCCCGGCCGCCGCCGUCUCCACGCUGCCCGCCGCCCCCGGGGGCAGCGUGUUCCCAGCCAGCGGCGGGCCCCUGCUCACAGGCGGCGCGGCCGUGCACAUCUCCGCCGCAGGAGCCUCCAAGGCCACCCUCUACUGCCGCGUCUUCCUGCUCGACGGGACCGAAGUGAGCGUGGACCUGCCGAAACAUGCCAAAGGCCAGGAUUUGUUUGAUCAGAUUGUGUACCACUUGGACCUAGUGGAAACAGAUUACUUUGGCCUCCAGUUCCUCGACUCUGCCCAGGUCGCGCACUGGCUGGAUCAUUCCAAACCCAUAAAAAAGCAGAUGAAAAUUGGACCUGCUUAUGCUUUGCACUUUCGAGUUAAAUAUUAUUCUUCAGAACCCAACAACCUUCGUGAAGAGUUUACAAGGUACCUGUUUGUUUUACAACUCAGGCAUGACAUUCUUUCAGGAAAAUUGAAAUGCCCCUAUGAAACAGCUGUGGAAUUGGCUGCUCUCUGCCUACAAGCCGAGCUUGGGGAGUGCGAGCUUCCAGAACACACACCAGAGCUUGUGUCUGAAUUUCGGUUCAUUCCAAAUCAGACAGAAGCGAUGGAAUAUGAUAUCUUCCAGAGAUGGAAAGAGUGCAGGGGAAAGAGCCCUGCCCAGGCGGAACUCUCCUAUCUGAAUAAAGCGAAGUGGCUGGAAAUGUAUGGGGUAGACAUGCACGUUGUCAGGGGAAGAGAUGGCUGUGAAUAUUCUCUUGGACUGACCCCGACAGGCAUAUUAAUCUUUGAAGGAGCUAACAAAAUAGGCUUAUUCUUUUGGCCAAAAAUUACCAAAAUGGAUUUUAAAAAGAGCAAAUUGACGCUGGUCGUGGUGGAGGAUGAUGAUCAGGGCCGGGAGCAGGAGCACACGUUUGUGUUCCGGCUGGACAGCGCCAGGACCUGCAAGCACCUGUGGAAGUGUGCUGUGGAGCACCACGCCUUCUUCCGGCUGCGGACGCCGGGAAACAGCAAAUCCAACAGAUCGGACUUCAUCAGGCUGGGGUCUCGCUUCAGGUUCAGCGGGCGGACGGAAUAUCAAGCGACCCACGGCGCCAGGUUACGAAGAAGCAGCACCUUCGAGCGGAAGCCUAGUAAACGCUAUCCAUCCCGGAGACAUUCGACCUUCAAAGCAAGCAACCCGGUGAUAGCAGCUCAGUUCUGCUCUAAAACAAAUCCUGAAGUCCAUAAUUACCAGUCUCAGUAUCAUCCCAAUCUCCACCCCGGCCAGCCUCGGUGGCACCCUCACUCCCCAAACGUCAGCUACCCGCUCCCUUCCCCAGGGCUCAGCAGCUCGGACCGGCUGCCUUUUGGUCUUGAGGAGAAUGGGGGCACGCCGUUCACCACCAAAGCUUCCGGAAGGCACCACCAUCACCACCACCAGCACCAGCAUCACACGAACUAUGGCAUCUCGCUGACCCUGGAGAACAAGGAAGGGCCUUCGAGGUCCCCAAACUCCAGCAGUAAAUCCCUCACAAAACUGAGUCCAGGAGGACCUGCCCUGUUCAGUGAAGCUGCUGCCCAUCUGAAGAAGCUGGAACUGGAAACUGUGAAGGCUGCCGGACCCUGGCCUGCUCUGCACAUCAACAUAAAUAAGGCCGAAGAAAAAAAAGUUUCCGAGAAGACUCUCCAGACCCCGCUCUUGCCUUCCCCCGUGGCUGACCAUGUGAAGUGUAACAUUUUGAAAGCCCAGCUGGAGAAUGCUUCCCGAAUGAGUGCCCAGGUUGGAAAAGAGGAAUCAACCUUUGUAAAUAUCAAUAAGAAAUCCAGUCUUCAGGACGCUAAUGUAAGAAGUCCCAUUCCUAUACGUGUGGAAACUACCCAGCCAGCUGUGGAGAAGCCGGAAAUCAAGCCUCCUCGAGUGAGGAAGUUAACAAGACAAUACAGUUUUGACGAAGACGACCUCCCUCCAGACCUGGCCGAGGCCGUGGGAGCGACCACGACCCCAACCACGGCCACCACCACGGCCACCACCACACAGGUCUCUGUGCCUCUGGCGUCCCCCAAGGUCCACAAACUCAGCUCGCCUCAGAAUUCGGAAGGCAAGAGCCAGCUGUCCCCCGGGGCCAAGAGCCCCUCCGACCGAGGAGGUGCCUUUACCUUGGAGCCAGGCGAUCUCCUGAUGGAUUUCACAGAAGCCACUCCUCUGAUAAAAACAUUCCCGGCUGAUCCAGUGACCCCCUUUCCUGAUCCUUUCAUUACAGGGCCACAGUUUACAGCAGACUUUAGAGACAGUAAAUUACAAUGCUGUCCUGGCCAGUCUUCCCCACUGAUUCCAGCAGCGACCCUGAGGCCUUUGACAGAGACCGUGUCCACAGUGCAGACGAUCUACACCACGGAAGCCUGUUUCUCUGGCAGCCAGCACAGAGACCCUCCGGCAGGAACUGGAGAGAGAGAAAAUGAUGAAGAGACUGUUGAUGACCGAGCUGUGAAAUUCUCCCCCUGUCGCCUGGAGGAUGGCGCGGUGCCUUCUGUCCGUUUUUUCUCCUCGGGCUUCGGGUGCUCCCUGAGCACCACCUGCAAAUGUGCGCUCCGUGUGCCCAGGUCUCUGGGGUUAUAGGUGAAGCCAACUUCUGGCUUGACCUUUAUUGGAAAAGUUACUUUAUGUCUCCUGAGUAUGAGAGUUUUUCUGCUACUCAGUGUAUUUGAGACAGGAUGUGGUAAGCCUAGGAGAAGAAAGAUGGGAAAACCGGGAUUCUUUGUCAGAAGUCCCCGUGUGUGCGUAUAUGAAUAACCACGGGGUCAGUGUCGCGCAGAAUCCUUUGCUGUCAGUCUCAACAGUGUGAUUUUGUACAAUUGACACUCACACCCAGCUUUGACUGUUUGCUAAAGAGUCAUUUUUAAUGAGAGAAUAAUUCUUUACUGCUGGUUUUUCAUUUACACCGGUAAAUACGCCGAUCUUCUAACGUCUUUAACAUUCAUUUUUAUUCAGACAUGAGUAAGUGAACUAACCAACGAAAAGUUGCCAUCACCAGGACAGAAGGUACUUCAGCUUAAUCUGAAAUACAAAUUGAACUUGUGAAUGGACAGGCUGCGAUAUUAUUUGGAAUACCUAGAAUUUGUUAUGGAACCCAAAGUAGGAAAUUAUGGUUUAAAUCAUCUAAAAAAAAAUCCUUACAAAGUGAUUUGAUAUCAGAAUUCCUUUGGGUGUUCCAUAAAGGAAAAUUAUUUCUAAAGCUGAUCAACUCAUGUCCUGUUGAUAGACCCUUGACCCGAAGAAACUUUGCUCUCUUUUUAUAUAGUUUCAAGAAAUGUGUUUUUAAAUUUUUAUUAUGCACUUGAACAACUUUGCAGGAAUAAAAGAACCCCCUACCACAAACUAGCCCUCUAAAUUGUUUCCCACGCUUUCUCAAUGAAUACGCACACAUUCUUACAUCAGUAGGAUCAGUGUGUACAUACUCUUGGGUUACUUCCUCCAUCUAACACAUAUCUCCUCUUUUCAGCACUGAUCCUGCUCUCACCAAUUUCAGUUUCCUUAAAUCCAUGUUAACACAGUUAACCUCACUUCUCGCCAUUAUGAGAUAUUUGAGUUAUAUCCAAUUUUUCACUCUUAUAAAUAGUGCUGCUAUGAAUGUCUUUGUAAAAAAAAAAAAAUGUUCCUUCUUUUGGAUUCGUCCCUUGGGACUCUCUUCAAAGAGAGACGACAAGGUCAAAGAGCAUGAAGUAUUUUAUAGCUCUUGUUCCCUAUUGCCAGAUUGCUUUCUAGAAAUACCCCAUCUCUGAGUUGGAAGGACCUUAAACCCUCUAAAUGCUUGAAUCCCCUCUCCAAUUUCUGACGCCACCAGCAAUGUAUAAGCAUUUCUAUUUACCAAUAGUUCUGCCAGUAUUGGGUUGUGCCAUUUUUAUUUAUUUUUGCUCGUUUAAUAAGUGCAUAUCGUUGUUCUUGAAAGGGUGUUUUAUUUCAUUACUUGCUAGCAGGGCUGAGCACUUUUCCAUGUGACGAUUUACUUGCUUGUAUUUCCUCGUGUGUAAAAUGUCCAUCCAUUUCUUAUGACCACUUGUUAAGUGGAAUUGAUCUCGUAUAUUUGUAUCAGAACUGUAUUUUUAUGUUGUAUUGUAUAGUUUGCUCUCCUGUCCCUAUCCUUAAAACUGAAUGGUGCCAAUAAUUUGAUACUAAUGAUUAUAAAAAAAAGCAAUGCCUCAUUGACUAGCAUUGUUGUAAAAUGAGGUAAUAUAAGCAGAUAUUCAGAUAACAGAGGAUUAACCCUUAAAGUGCUGAAUCUUUAAAAUUUUAAUAUUUUUUUGAGGGAAAUUCUUUCUAAAAUAGAUGACGCACUUCCCUGCCUUAGGAAGCAGAGGACACUGGAGAGUCUUUGAUCUUUGCUUGAUGAGUCACGGUCAUCGUUACAAAUAUCAGCCCCUUUUGUACCUCAGUGUGGUGCAGUGAUGUCAUCAAGAGCUGUCAAAAUGUGCAGGGCUUGGCUUGCCUUUCCCAGGCUAACACUGUUUUCAUCAAUGGUGUGCACUGCUGUCUGCUCUUUCGGUCAAGCCAUCUGGGGCAACUGUGGUAUUUGGAAAUUUUUACUCCCCAGGCUACCUGAUCCCUGUCUGGACUUUGGAAACAGCUUUAGCCAUUCUUUAUGUUGUGCACACGAUGCCAAAUGUAUUGCUGUACAAUACGGGGGCGGGGGGGGGGGGACAUAUCCGCGUCUGGGGUUGUCCCCUCUUGCCAAUCCCUCCUCUUCUAACCUGCUUUCUGAGUCUUCUGCUCUUCACCUCCUGCUCUCCGACAGAAACCUCCAGAGCACAAUGGAAGCUUUCUUGAGGAAACCAGGGAACUCCGUGUUACCUACCCAUCAGGUUGGCUUUGCUUCUGAGGAGGGCUGCAUGGGCUUUUUGGCCAUUGUUUUCAGGAGGCUCCAAGCCUGCUGCUUAUUCCCCAUGUCCCCCUGGGUUCACGGAUGUUUCUGAAGGCGGAUGUCACGGGAUCACAAACAAGUUGGCUGUUACUGUGUAUGAAAACCCAGUACCUUUGGCAGCUCCACUCUAACCAGUAAAAUCAAGAGGAUUCCAUUGUU